UUUAUCCUUUUUGAAAGUAGAGGUUGAAGGAAUUCGAAAUUACGAACGCUCGACAUUCGGUAAAAGGAGGGAAAUAAAAAAAUAUAAAACAGAAAAAUCAGGAAAUCCUCUCAAUACAGUCUCAAAAGUUCUUUAACAGUUAUAGAUGAUGAUAAUAAAUUGACGGUAAUUUUUUAAACCUUUUUUAUUGAACAACCAAUUAGCAUGUUAUUGGACAAAGGACACCCCGAAUAGCUGUAUUGUAUUAAAAUAAUAAAGUUUCAAGUUUAUGAAUAUACCUAGUUAGAAAUGGAUGCGAUAUCUAUAAAGUUCGUUCUUUCAAAUGACUUGGAAGAUGAGAGUGGAGCUAGUGAAAUAAUGCUUCAAGCUUUUGAGGCCUGUCAACAAAAUAAAGUCAACACGGUAUGGAUAAAGGAAAAAGAUAUUUACAAAAUACAGUUGAAGAAAACAGAUUUCAUUGUUUUUGAAUCAUUUGAAGGAAAAGAUUUUGAAACUAUCAAAGAGCAGAAGAGUGCUAGUAUUGUAGGACCGUGGUGCAUUUUAAUAUGUUUGAUGGAAGGCAAAAAAAUACCUAACUUUUCAUGGCCAAUCUACAAUGUAGCAAUGUAUGAUUGCAUAGUUACUUCUUCACACUUACCCAAAUCUGUUAAAACUGAAAUUAGUGAGAAAGUUAAACAAAUGGGUGGAUAUUACUCUGAUGUUUUAUCAGAUAACACAACACAUUUAAUAGCUGAUAGUGUGAAAAGUGCAAAAUAUAUGAGAGCUAUAGAAAUGAAUAUAAAAGUACUCACUCCGUCUUGGAUAAAAGCUGUAUGGGAAAUGAGUCAAGAAGCUAAUAUCCAUUGUAAUGAUAAACAAUUUGACAAAUUCAAAUGCCUACCUUUCCACAAGCUAAUCAUUUGUACGACAGGUAUUUCUAGUUUGAAAGAGAGGGAGGCAGUUAGGAAAAUGGUGAUUGAAAAUGGAGGGGAAUUCACUGGGAAACUCAAUUUGAAAACUACAGAUUUCCUGAUUUGUGAGGGUACAGCGGGUACAAUGAGUGAGAAGUAUAAAGAAGCGAGAAAAACAGAAAAUGUUACUUGUGUCACAUUGCAAUGGCUACAAGACAGCAUCAAAAAAGGCUUUUGCUUGCCACAUCACGACUACAGUGUGAAAAAAAGUACAUCCACCCCUCAAAAAAGUGAUUUUAUCAACCCAGAUUUCUCCACCAUGAGUGCCAUAAACCAAUCAACAGUCAAUACAACUAGCAUAGAAGAAACGAUGAUAAGAAGACCCUACAACUUUGAGAGUGCAUCAUCAACUCCGACCAAUGGAGUGAAGAGAAAAGUUUUCACAGAAUGUGACAAUCUCAUCGAACAAAUUGAUAUCAAGAAGGCCAAGAGAAGCGGACAGUUUCUUGAUGGAUGUUCCGUCUACUUGGUGGGUUUCAAGGAAGAUCAUAGAGAAAAACUAUGCAAGAUAAUAAACACAAGUGGCGCCACUCGAUGUGACGAUAUGUCAGAUCGUGUAACACAUGUCAUAGUGGGUGAUCCGGAAUCUCACGAAUUGAAACUCAUCAAGUCGAAAAGUUAUUCCUGCGUCAUAGUCACAGUUCAGUGGCUUCUGGACAGUAUUGAGAGGAAACGACCUUGCGGCGAAGAGUCCUAUCUGGUUAACAAUUUGAGAGACGAGUCCAAGUUCAAAUCUCCCAUGGGGAAAAAGGGCUUGAGUUUGUUACGUUCCAGUAAAAUAAUAACUGAAUUAGAUCUGACCCAAUCGCAGAAGGAAAAGGAGAACCUGGAAGACGAAAUAGAUUUGGAAGCCGAAAAGGAGAUUAUGAAGCAUUAUAUGAUGCCUGAACCUAGUCAGGAGGACACUCUCGCCAACCUUCUGAGGAACGCUAACUAUGACAGCAAGCGAAUGGAAGGAGGAGAGUCGAAAUCUCAGACCAAACAGAACAUCGACAUGCCGUCCACUGAAGAAGAAGAAAGAACUUUUACAUCACAGACUGUGAGCCAAACUCUGGAGAUCUUUCGCGGUCUUAGCUUUUUUGUCACUAGUUUCGACGAUGAACAAGUGGCCGAGAUGAGAGAACAGAUAGAGGGCGCCCUAGGGUGCAUCACCAUGGAUAUAAAGGAGGCCAACUUUGUUGUUGCACCAUGCUUUAUUACCGAACACAUAGACUACGACCAAGACAUCACCAUCAACGACCUGUGGAUCUACGACUGCAUCACGGCAGAGGAGAUACUAUCGGUGAAGUACUACCACCGUCCCCUCUUCAUCAAGAACCCUUCCGUGUUGGAGGAUUGCGUCGUGACCAUCAGCGGCUACUCGGGCUACGAACGUAACUUCCUGUCCUCCCUGAUCGUCAUGCUGGGCGGAGUGUCGCAGGAGCAGUUCUGCAGGAUCACCUCCGCGGAGAGGAACGUCCUCGGGUCCACGCACCUGGUCACCGCCGAGCCCAGCGGGAAGAAGUACGCAGGCGCGCUGAAAUGGCGCCUGCCCGCCGUGGACAAGGAUUGGCUGAUCGCAUGCGCCAGGAGCGACUCCAGGCUGCCGGAACAGGAGUAUUCCGUGUCGAGGAACAGUACGAAAAACGAAGCUACUUUAUCCUCUAGCAAAUCAGAUAAUAAUUCAAACAAAGAGAACCUAUCAAAUAAUCCGUCCAUAGGCUUGGAAUCUUUGAAAAUCUCAGGUAAAGAUAUUGUCCCACCACAUUUGCUAGAAUUCAACAAAGACUACUAUAAUGUUGCAUUUGGUAUCUCAGCAGUCUCCGAUCACUCAAGGAUUUCGAUGAAAGAUGCCCCUGAGAUAUCAAGAAAUACUUCUGAUUUCAAUAAGAGCCAAAAUGGACGAUAUAAAGAUGAUAGUCAAAAAUCUAGAAAUAAGUUAGAGGAUAACUUUAGGUCUAUUGAGAAAAAUUCGAAUUUAAGUCAUAUUGCUGAAGUUUCUGGGAAUGCUUCAAUUGCUUCUUACACUGCCAGUUCAGAAGUCAACGAUUCUGGCGUUACAUCCCAAUCCAAUCAAGCUGAAGGAAUAGGAACGCCAAAAGGAUCUGUUGCAGAUGACUCUUUUACAAUACCAGCGCCUAGAAAACUGAGUUUGGGUCGCAAAGAACUGAUGAGAACACCGAAAUCCAGAGAUCCAUUCCGAACACCAGACAACAAAAUGGACGACGUGUUCUACAGUCAAGUGACGCCAGUAGACAAAAUCAUGAAUGAAGUGCGACUGACAAACCUUCUGGGCACUCCGGAAUCUCCCCAGUUGGCCAAACUGCCUUGGGAUGUCGACACACCGGAGACUCCUUAUGGCGCUUACAUAGACCCCAAUCCGUCAAAAAGUUUGAGAAAGGAAAUGCUGAGGUUCCUCAAUAGGUUCCCUGACAACACACCUGUUACCAAAAGAAGAAUGAGUACGCCACUUUCCGAAUUGAAAAGGAGGCUGUGGAACAAAAUCGGUUCUUCCAAUUAUGAUAGUCAAAGUCAGAGUCAAACUCCUGGUAAAGUUGAGAGUCAGGUAGAAGAAGAAGAACCUGAAACAGAAAAGGAGAGCAACACUCAAUCGGCACUGGUGAAUACGAGACUGCAACAACUUGAAGAGAUGAUGGCUGCUGCCAGUGGCAGCGCAAAUAAAUCUAAGAGACAAAGUAAAGUAGCAGAAGUUCCUGAACGAGUUUCUGAGUUCAACAUGAGGGAGUCUCAACCAUGUACAGUACAAUGGGACUUUGGAAAAGACACUCAGGAGGAACCGCCACCCAAGACGAAAGUCUUCAUGAUAUCCGGAAUAGGGGACCCGAACGUCAAAUCGAGACUCGUAUCUUCUUUGAAAGAAUUGGGAGCCACGGUGUCUGAAACUUCCACUUACGAUCCCAGCUCGACGCAUCUGCUGUGUCCCAAACCGGCGAGAAACGAGAAGACCCUGUCUUGUAUGGCUGCCGGCAAAUGGAUCUUGCACAUCAAUUACGUGGAGGCUUGCCUCAAGGCUGGAAAAUUCUUGAAUGAAGAAGAAUAUGAAUUCGGUAAUCCGAACUCCAUAGGAAAGAUAACCAUCGAACUUGACCGCGAUAUCGAAAUAAGGAUGCAGGCUAUCUACUAUUGGAGGAACGAAAUUAUUAGGACAGGAAGAGGACCCUUCAAAGACAUGAGGGCUAUAAUUGUCGCUGAAAAAACGCAAGCUUUAAUCAGUGUAAUCGAAGCUGGUGGAGGAGUCGUUAUUGAUGCUUUACCUCCUUUCGAUGAUGUUGUACAUGCAACCCACUGCCUUAUGGAACCAAAGAGUGUAUCAAAUUUUUCCCUUUACGAGUCUCUAGCUAAGCAAGGAAUUUAUUGUGUUAACACCGUGUUUUUGAGUGACUUCUUGCACAGGAUUAAUAAAGACGUCAAAGACUCAAUAUUGCCAUUUUAUCAAAAAUAUUUCAGAUGAAUGAUUUUGUUUAAUUGUUUCUCCAAGUCAAUUUGGUUUUAUGAUCUGUGUUAUUUAGUUAAUUAUUUACCAGUUAAUUUUGAAUAUGAAUUAAUCGAAUUGAAUGAUUUAGACUGAAAGUUUCUCAAUUGUGGUACUUGUACAAUGUACAGGUUCGAGAUUUAUAUAUUGUUCAUCAUAUAAGAUUAAACAUUGAAAAGCAAAA